AUGGAAGGGACUCGGUCGAGGAAACGAGCCGCUGCUGUAGAGGAUACGGUUGGUGGCAGCGUACCAGUUUCAAAUGGAACCAAGAAGACGAAGCAAGAUGCUGAAGCCAAUACUGUCAAGCCGGCCAAUAGUACUGCGAAGAAACCUUUGAUUCUCAAUGCGUUUGUAGAAAUGUGCAGUGGACAUCAAAGUCCGGGUCUUUGGAGACACCCAGAAGACGAAUCUUGGAAAUUCAACGAUGUAGAUCAUUGGGUCAGUUUGGCAAAGCUACUCGAAGCUGGUUCUUUCCACGGCAUAUUUGUGGCUGAUGUGCUUGGUGGCUAUGAUGUCUAUAAUGGGAACUUAGAUGCUGCUAAAAGAUCAGGGGCACAAUGGCCGGUCAACGAGCCAUUAAGUGUCGUUUCCGCCAUGGCAGCAGCAACAAAGAGUAUAGGUUUCGGGGUAACGGUUUCAACUACUUACGAGCAGCCAUAUCAUCUUGCUCGACGACUAUCAACGAUUGACCAUCUCUCAAAAGGUCGCCUGGGUUGGAAUAUAGUCACGAGCUACCUAGACUCGGCCGCUCGCAACAUGCUCAACUCAUCGCAGCCAGCUCACGAUGAGAGAUAUGCCCAGGCUGAAGAGUUCAUACAGGUCAUCUACAAAUUACUCGAGUCCUCUUGGAGAGAUGACGCAGUUCAACUGAACCGCAAGACUGGUAUCUACACCUCACCGGAGCUUGUACGGGAAAUUAAACACAAGGGGAAGUAUUUCACUGUACCUGGGCCUCACAUCUGCCAACCGAGUCCUCAGCGAACGCCAUUGAUCCUACAGGCUGGAACAUCCAAAGCUGGAAAGGAAUUCGCAGCUCAGCAUGCUGAGGCCAUCUUCGUCUCGCCGUUUGCUCCGAAUGUGGUGGCCUCGAAUAUCACUGAAAUCCGGACGAUGGCCAAAGAGAAGUACGGCCGCAGUGAGGAUAGCAUCAAGUUCCUGGCACUGGUGACGAUCAUCGUCGGCGAGACAGAGGAAGAGGCCAAAGCAAAGUUGGCAGAGUAUCGAACAUAUGCAUCGCUUGAGGGUGCUCUAGCUCUUUUUUGCGGAUGGACUGGUAUAAACCUUGGCGAUUACGGAGACGAGGAGGAACUUAGACAGGUUGAGAGCAACGCAGUACGAUCAACAGUAGAAGCAUACGCUCGAUUCUCCGACGGCGACAAGAAGUGGACUAAACAUACCGUGGCAGAGCAUGUCAGUAUUGGUGGUAACGGUCCAGUGAUUGUUGGGAGUCCGCAACAGGUGGUGGAUAGUCUGGAGACAUGGGUUGCAGAAGCUGGGGUUGAUGGGUUCAAUCUGGUUCGUGGGAUAUGUCUCUCUGCCUAUGCAGUGUUUCCACAGACUUUCAAAGACAUCAUCGACUUGGUGUUGCCAGAGCUGAAACGUAGGGAACUGUUCUGGGAUGGAUAUGCAGUGCCCGGUGGAACUUACAGAGAGAACUUUUACCAGACACGCGGGCAAUGUGGACCACCAAGCAAUCAUGUGGCGGCGAAAUACAGGUGGCGGGCUGGUGUAAACUCUGAGGACAACCCAAUACCUCCAUAG